AUGACGGAGACCAAGGAGGUGUUCGAUCUUCUGAUCGUUGGUGCAGGAUGGCACGGCCUAGCAAUGGCCAAGACGUACCUCGAAGUAGUCACCAACGCCAACAUCGUGAUCCUGUACUCCGCCGAGUCCGUCGGCGGAACCUGGGCGAGCGAGAGGUUAUACCCGGGUCUCAUGACCAACAACACGGCGGGCUCGUACGAGUUCAGCGACUUUCCGAUGGGACCCGACACGUACGGGCUGGUCCAGGGCCGACAUAUUCCCGGAGAGGUCGUCCAUCGAUAUCUGAGGGACUUUGCGGACCACUACGGGCUGACGACUAGGAUUCGGUUCGGAACGAGGGUGGACACUGCGACUCUACUGAACGACGGAACGUGGCGGGUUGGCUACUACACCAUCGAAAAUGCCGCCGAAGACAAGUCUCGAAGUCGGAGGACUGGCCAGCUUCUUGCCGCCAAGCUCGUUAUGGCUGCCGGCUUGACCUCCGAACCGUUCAUCCCCACGUUUCCCGGGCAAGACAGCUUCAGGGGCCGCAUAUUCCACCCCAAGCACCUGAAAGCGCGAGCCUCCGAGCUGACGAACUCGCGUUCCGUCGUGAUGGUCGGCGGCAACAAGUCCGCCUGGGACGUGUGCUACACCGCAGCGCGCACCAGCGGUGCGCAGGUGCACAUGGUGAUGCGGCCGUCGGGCGGCGGGCCGAGCUGGGUCUGGCGGCCCAUCAGCAUCCUCGGGGGGCUGUUCACGACGACGCUGUCCCGGCUCUCGAUGAGGCGGGUCGCGACAUGGUUCGAUCCCACUCCGCUCGGCAACAACACCAGAACACACAGCGCUCGACGUUUCCUGCACCACAAUACCCUUAGCCGCUGGCUCUGCGCGUGGUUCUGGCAUGCUCUCGACCAGCACGUAUGCAAAGAGAACGGAUACAAUGGAGAGAACGAACAUGUCACCAUGCUCCGGCCCUGGACCUCAACGUUCUGGAUGGGCAACUCGCUUAGUGUGCAUAACUACGAGACGGACUGGUUCGGUCUAGUCAGGACGGGACGGGUUGUUCCGCACUUUGCUGAUGUCGAGGCGCUUUCCGAGACGCGUGUGCGUCUUUCGGACAGGUCGGUUCUGGAGGCCGAUACGAUCUUUAUGUGCAUGGGGUGGAAGGCGACGCCGACUGUCGCGUUCUCUCCUGACUGGAUUGAGGCUGCGCUUCGACUGCAGUCGUGGACUAUAGGUAGUCAGGUGCAGAAACCACCACCGCCUGACGACUCGCCGUUGGUAGCUGAGCUUGAUUCCGACGAUCUUCAGCUAGACCUUGAUAUCAUCCGAGCGCAGAUUCUCGAGCAGUGUCCUGUCUUGAAAGCAAAGCCUGUGCGCACUUUACCUACACAGACCCCAGCCGGCAAGAACGAGAAUCAAACAACUGUAAGCAAGGAGCCAGAACCCACAGCACCAAUCCGACUCUACCGCUUCAUGGUCCCAGCCUCCUCACGCCUCCUCGAACGGCGCAACCACGCCUUCAUCGGGGCCCACGUUUCGAUCCACGCCGUGAUGCUCGCGUAG